GAUAAAGUAUGAUUGUUCAUCAAUUGUAAUAUUAUUUAUUUCAACAUCUCUCCAGUUCUUUACAAGUGUUCAUGGUAGGCAACAAUAUUUAAGAAAAAUAUUAUAUGAAUGAGAAUUACUGUGGUUUAAUGCAGUGGCUGAGAGUAUGAGGCAGUAAGUUGCUAAUUCAAAUUUUGCUUUCGGCAUGAAUGCACUAGACCUUGGACAAGCUACUAUCUCUAAGUUCCUUGGCAACCAACCAGACUAAUCUUGCAGUGGCAGAAGAGUGCUUUGCUCAAGAGAAAGGGGUGAUUUUUUACCAAUCUCCUCUUCCCUUUGCAGCCACCUGUGCCUAAAGGAACUAUGUUUCUAUGGUUAUGGGGACAUAUUUUUAGGAGGCAGAGGUGUCUAUAGAGGGCAGUGGGGAUCAACUAAAAUUGGCCCUCCCUGCUUGAACAGCAGAAAUGCUCUUCUGCUACUGCAAUGUUAGUCUGAGUGUUGACCUUUAUUUGUAAAAGGAGUUUCAUAAAUGCUGAUCUUUCUUAGAGGGUUGUUAUCGGUGUAUUCCAACCAAAGUUGGAGUACUCUGUCCCACUGAUUUCUAUGUGAGCUCAAAUGCUCAAACCUUUGCCACUAAAAACAACAGCAAAAACGUAAGCAUUUUAAACUUUGGCUGGGUCAUGUCUAUAUGUAUAUAUGAAGUAUUUUAAAUGCUAAAUGCUAAGGUGGUACACACAGCCUCUUACCUGGGAGGGCGGGCAGGGAGGCAUGCUCAGCGAUUGACUGCAGAAGAAAUCCUUGCCAAUCGUGCACCCACACGUGUGCUGGGGUGGUGAUCAGCACUCUGCUGGUUGGAGUGGGGAAGUGUGUUCUGGGUUCUCCAUGGACCUAGAAUUCAGUGCAUGCUCAGCGGAUUAUUAUUAUUAUUAUUAUUAUUAUUAUUAUUAUUAUUUCUUGUUUACACAGUCAGACAGGUGUUAUUGACUGGUUUGUUUUAUCCAGACAUUGAGUCCUUCCCAAGGACCUGGGAUGGCUGAAUUUUAUCAUCAAUACUGUUGGUUGUUGUUGUUGUUAUUAUUAUUAUUAUUAUUAUUAUUAUUAUUUAAUUCAAUUUCUAUACUGCCCUUCCAAAAAUGGCUCAGGGCGGUUUACACAGAGAAAUAAUAAAUAAAUAAGAUGGCUCCCUGUCCCCAAAGGGCUCACAUUCUAAAAAAAACAAAACAAGAUAGACACCAGCAACAGUCACGGGAGGUACUGUGCUGGGGGUGGAUAGGGCCAGUUACUCUCCCCCUGCUAAAUAAAGAGAAUCACCACAUUAAAAGGUGCCUCUUUGCCAAGUUAGCAGGGAAUUGCAACCACACCACUCCACUCCACGUGGCUGCUCUCCCCCCACCCCCACUCGAGGCUUAAAAUAGUGGCGGGCCUGUUGGGAGCCCAGGUACCUGCGGGGUGAUUAUUCAUUCAUUGCCCACCAAGGUAGAACGCACCAUAGGUUCGCUUUACCGAGGCAAAAUCCUGGGUAGAACAACUGAGCUACCCAGGUCUGGAACAGCCAGGAGCAGAGGGCUCCUAGUGCUCAGACAACACAAGCUGCCUGGGGUAACCCAGGCAGCUUGUGUCGUGUGAAUAGCCUUGCCGUGUGUUACCUGUCAUACAAUAAUGAAGUCCACAUGACUGUAGAAUCUGUUGCUAAAAGCUAGCCCAAAAUCUUAUAGCAUUUGAUGAAUCUCUGGGGGAGGGAAUUCUGCAGUUGUAAGGCAACUCUAGACACAUUUCUACAUCAUGAUGCAAGAGUGGUAUGCUCAAGAAGACACUCUUGCUUCGUCAUUAAAUGUGCGAUGAAACAGUGAAGGAAAGGCUGUGUGAAAGAUGUGUAGGGCUAAAGCAGUUAAGAUCACUAAGAUGCACAGGGGUCAAGAAAUGUUGGUUCAGUUCACCAGCCAGACAAAAAGGUUGUUGGAUGUUCCCUUGAGCUAUGUUGGUACAUCAAGAUUUUUUUUUCACUCAUCAGGCAUGAGUAGAUUUCCUGAGCCCUCCAUAUACACAUUGAAAGGGGAGGGAGAAGAUUUAGUCUUCUUGGACUCUGCAGGGAAGCUCUUGGAUGUGGGGGAAAUGAGUCGCACCUCACCACCUUCUGCAACUUUCCUGUCUGAAAUGAGUGAACCAUGUAAGUGGAUGUGCAAUUGGCUCCAUUUUAAGUCUGUAAGUUUCAACUUCAGUGGUGAGAAUGCUUCCCUUUUAAAUAACUAAUUUAUAAAGAGAUCUUGGCAAUAAAAACCAAACCAAACCACAUGGUCCCUCAGCUAUUUAAAUAGGUCAGUGAUGAUGUCAUAAUUGUCCUUACCACAGUUUCCAGUGGAUUAAUGUCAGCUUUCCUGGUUGAGCUUCUCAUAAGACAUCCAGGUUGAGGCAGCUUGCAGAGGAAGUGUGAAAGAGGAGUCUAUAGCAAUGGCAUAGUUUCUUUGUACUAAAAGAUCACAGUGGGGAAAAGAUCAAAUAGCAACAAGAUGACAGAAGAGGAUUGUUGGGAUUCAGACUCUUCAUCUGAAGAAUCUGAUGUCUUUUCUCAGAAUAAGAAAACAGAAGAAUAUGUUUCCCGUAUAAAAGAAAACAUUUCUUCUGGGGAUAGUAUGACAUUUCGGGGCAAUAGAUACACACCAGUGCGCGGUCCCAUGUCAGUCAGUCCUGAUAUGUUUAAUCAAUGUGUCAAGUUUCCCCCCAAAGCCAGACCCCGCACUGACAGAACAAGCUGUUUCGUCCAUAAACGGACAGAUCCAUCACAUAAAAGGGCUGUCAGGAAUGCGAGUCUGAAUGAUGUUCUAACCCUGCUGCCGAUGCCUCUGCCUCGGCGAAAGACACGUCAGCAACUUCAAAAAGAAAAAGAAGCAGCCAUCACAAUCCAGUCUGCCUGGAGAGGUUAUCAGAUCAGAAGGGAUAUGGAGAAGUUAAAUGAGGCUGCCACCAACAUUCAGGCAGCUUUCCGAGGAUACAUGACACGGAAGGCACUGCCUCUUGGACUAUGCAGUUAUGGCAGGACCACUGGCUCAAAGUUCAAGGAGGCAAUGAGAACCGAAAACAAGAGUAGACCUUUCCCUGUUCUCUUAGGCAGCCUUCAGCAGUUGGAUUUAGCAUCUGGAGCACACACUGGAAGCCACAGCAUCUUCCCCACAAACGGCAAACCUAGAAGCUAUCCAAAUCACAUUAAAAAAGAUGAUAAACCUUUGCAUCCGAAAGUAACCUGCAUUGAAGUUGAUUCAUCAGCCUUCAGACCCAGCAGAAAAAUGUUGACAUGCAGUGCCUUUGACACUGGAGUGCAGAAGCAGAAAUAUCGGGAUGCUGCCACUACCAUCCAAGCAGCAUGGAGGGGGUAUCAAGAGAGGCAGAAAAUAAGGCUUAUCGUGCAAGCAAAAAAAAGCUUUGGGAAGUCUUUUUGUUCCAAUUUUACAAUCCGGAAAAUCUACAGAAAACGUGCAAUGUCAGGACAUACUCUUGAGGAGCAUGAAGUCCGGGGGAUCUUUACAAAGUCAGAGCCCCAUGGGAUAGCACGUAUUCGAAAUAUUAAUAUAUGUGCAGUAGUAAAAGGCAAGCCAGCUUCCCAGAGGUCCAAUGUAUCCAUACAGGUAUCCAGCCCAAAUGCUGAGGUGCAGGGAUAUCAGAGAGACAUGAGCAUGGGCACCAAGGGAUUCUAUACUGCCAAAAACAAUAGAGCUCAGAGGCCAUCUCAGAUCCUCAUACAUGUGCAUUUGCAAAAAGAAAAUGAGCCAAUAAAUUGUCCUCCUUAAUAACAUAAUUUAAUAAUGUAUAAUCAUGUAAAAAAAAAAAAACAACAACACCCAAACCAACCAACCCCAAACAGCAACAAAUCCAAGAGCAGGGCCAGCCCAAAGAUUGCUGGCGGGUGGGCAGUCUCUGUUGCCCUCCUGCCCACCUGCAGAUUGGCUGUCCUCGCCAUUCUGCUGUCUUUGCCCGCUGCUCCUCCUGGCUGCUUCUGGGCAACGUGGUCAAAAUAUGCCGUGGCAGUUCAGCUGCCCAGAAGCAGCCAGUAGUGGGAGGUGGCGGGGAGCAAGAGGGAUGCUCGGGUUGCCUGCCCACUCGGAUGAGGGGAGGGGUGCAUGCCUGCCCAUGGGGGCGAGGGGCACCUGCGCAGGCAAAGGGGAUGGGGGUACAACAGCACACCCCACAGGUUUCUGCCCCUGGCAGAUGCCUGGGUCCACUUAGUGGGUGGGUUGGCUUCCUGGGUGGCGUGACCCCAGCCAUUGGCACCCCUCCCCACUUGGCGCCCUAGGCAACCACCUAGUUUGCCUAGUGGACAGGCUGACCCUUCCAGGAGGCUCCCCAUUCAACAGUGUAUCUGUUCAGUAAAGGCCUCUGUAAGAAGUUGUACAUAGAUUCAGCUGUGAUAGUAGAUGUAUGUUGGUCAUUCACGAUCAGUCUGCACAUAGAAUGCAGUGCUUAGAGGGCUUUGGGGAAUAGUGGAAUCUGAAGAAAAACAAGGGAUGCUCCUCACAGGAAAGAUCGGAACUUUGAUAUCAACAUUAAGAAACACGGAUAUACAAGUCCCCCCGCCCACCCACCAAAUUGGAAUUCCUCAGCUACAAACCAGUGGUGAAAAUGGGCAGGAACACAGGUACAAGGCACUGACAAACAUCAAGCAAUUCCAGCAAACUGUUUCAUUCAUAUUAAGCACUAAGGGUCUUUCCACACAUGACAUGGCAAUGAACCUGGGUUUUAGGUUCACUGUGUACAUGUAUAUUUGACAGAGAACUUCAUCUGUUUCUGACGAAUGCACUUGUAGGCUAUGCAUGAUUCUAAAUGUGCUUGAGUCGUUCAAAAAUUACUCUUUUAAAAAAUAAUACAUAUUGCCAUGGAUUGCCUCUAUUUGGGUUUUUUUUUUUUUUACACCUUGAGCAUUUAGAGCAGCCUUAAGCUAUUCAAUGAACUUGCAGUGUGUGAAAACCCCAUCAGACUACACCCUGCUAGGUAGGUCUGAGUUCACAUAGGGUAUGAUAUCGACAAUUUCAUAUAUAUAUAUAUAUAUAAACAUAGACCAUGGA